AGAAAGAAAACACCUAAACCCUGGGGAACAGGCACAGCUUCUGCAGCCACCCAGGGACCUGUCUCGGAUACCUGCAAGGCCUGAUCAAGACUCUCCUGGCAGCUUUCUCCACACUAGGACCUCCUAGUCACAAGUUGGUUCUCACCCUGACGCACACUCCCUGCCUGCAACAGCCUGGCUUUUAGCAGCUGAGAGGACACGGUCCCUGCCUGGGAGGUGGCAGAGGAGAGUGACUAGAAGGGAAGGUACAAUGGGGGCCAGGCAGUCAAGGGCCAGCUCCAAGGAUAAGGGCCCCAAGAGGAUGCUGUUCACGGGGAGGAGACAGAAGUUUUCUCCGUGGGACGAUGCCCUGCUCUCGGGAAGGGACCCGCGGUCCCUGCUGAAGCGGGGCAUGCACCACGUCAGCUUCAGCCUGGUCACCAGAGGAAUGACAGACAUCCCCGACUUUCUGUGGGGCUUGUCCGAGGUCCAGAAACUCAAUCUGUCUCACAACCAGCUCCGGGUUCUCCCUCCCGAGGUGGGGAAACUGACCCGGAUCGUGGUCCUGAACUUGUGCGGGAACCGCCUGAAGAGCCUGCCCAGAGAAGUGAGCCUCCUACAGUGCCUCAAGGUCCUGUUUGUCAACAUGAACUGCCUGACCGAGGUGCCGGCCGAGCUGAGCUUGUGCCGAAAGCUGGAGGUCCUGAGCUUGUCGCACAACUGCCUGUCCCAGCUCCCUGCAUGCUUCGCUGACCUCUCUAGACUGAGGAAGCUAAACCUCAGCAACAACUUCUUCGCGCACAUCCCCAUGUGUGUGUUUUCCCUGAAGGAACUGAUUUUCUUGCACGUGGGCUCGAAUCGCCUGGAAAACAUCGCUGAGAGCAUCCAGCACCUGGCCAGCCUGCAGAUCUUCAUCGCAGAGGGCAACAACAUCCACUCCUUCCCGAGGUCGCUUUGCCUGGUCACCAGCCUGGAGCUGCUGAACCUCAACAACAAUGACAUUCAGAUCCUCCCGAGCGAACUCCACCUGCUGUGUAGACUGGUGAGGAUCGCCUGGAAUCCCAUGGACAAAGGGCUCCACAUUUCCCACAACCCUUUAUCCAAGCCUCUGCCGGAGCUGGUGGAGGGGGGCCUGGAGAUGCUCUUCGGCUACCUGAAGGACAAAAAACACACCUGACCUGGGUCCCGGAGGCCUGGAUGGGAGGCAGCUCAUCUGGACUCUGUCAACCGGGGUACUUCUCUCGUCUCAGUUUUCUACUCUCAUCCUUAGUGUCUGACAAUACUUUUGUUAAUAUUUGCUAAGUCGCUGUUGAACAUCCACGUUAAGGAGGUGUUUGUUUUUAACUCUGUAUGUUCUUAAUAACCUCUGGAAUAUCACGUUCAUCUCAUCCUAAACAUAAAUUGAAACAGGGGGUUGGUUUUCCCCAAAGAGAACUAACAGUUCUGAUUCUUCUGAGGAGCAGUGAGAUUCAGCCCUUGGGAGAGUGGACACCUAACAGGUCUGAAUUCAAUGUAAUUCAAAAGGCAAAUAUUUGCUAAGCACUGUGUGCCAAGUACAGUAUGAGGUGCUGAAACCUGGUUUCAGAUAGUUUCUGCCCUUGAAUCAGCAACCUGUGGCCAGGUGGCAACGGCAAGACACGUUCCUCCAUCAGCCUCCGUGAAACAUUACUUGGGACCAAAAGGCAAACCACAGUGGGCUCUGUCCCCAGUGACCAAAAGAGGCAGAGCUUUCGCCUUGAGUUCUGGGGGACAAUCAUAGGAAAUUUUUCUUUCAUGCGGCUACAGAGGAAUAACCAAGCCACUCAUGCUUAUGUCUGGUGCACCUUUUCCAGUCCGGACACUGGGCGGGAAACCUGACAAGAACAACACCUGCUCCUCCUACCACAGAGCUCCCAGGUUGGAGAAGGAGACAGACCCACGUGGUUUCUACAACGUGCAGCAAGAUGUGAUCCCUGCUCAAGAAGGAUACAAACAAUGGGCUGAGGCAAGAAUAACACACUAUAGGGUGUAGACUAGACUGAGCUCCAAAGUCUCAGUAACCAGAGAACAGUAAGCAAAUAGCACAGCUGGGAUAAAUCAGUCAACCCCUUCAUUCCCUGCAGCCAUCAAACCCUAAUUCCUCCCCACCUCUGCACUCGCCUGAUUUGGAAAGAGCAGCGGAGUGUUGAGGCAGUGGCUAGCUCAUGCUCAGGUUCUGAGCUUAGGCAAUUUUACUGUGAAAAAUACUUGCUUUUUCUAAAAGCUGUUCAAAGGGGGUCCGUAUAGCUUAUUCAUAGAGCAAGUGAUUUUUUCCCAACAGACCCCAAUUCAAUUUUCCCACCCGUAAAAGAAGGAAGCCAAUUUCUGCUAUUAUCACCAGAUACCAUAGUUCCAUUAGCACAUUUGUGCAUGAGGUCUUCUGUUGAACCAUUGCACACAGACCUUACUGGUAUCAUUUGGAGGCAGCUAAGGAAGUCUCCUCCAAAUUCCCCCUCUAGCAGCAACUGGAGACCUGCCUAUCCCUGCCAGGCACAUCCAGGCACACUCCAGAAUCCUCCCCCAUGUUAGCUUGUUGCAGGCAAGACUAUUUAAAGACAUCAGUGGAAUUCUCACUUGACCUCCUGACUCAGUGGGGAAUGGUAGGGCCAGGCUUCCUCCGCAGAACCUGGUAGGUCACUUACUGCAGCCUUGGCUGAAGCACACGCAGCUGUCAGACAAACACUAGCAAGUGCCAGGAUCAUGCCCAUGAGUGUCUGCUGCUGAAGAACCACUUGGGCUCACGCUGAAUUUCCAUGACCUUGCUGUGGGCAGAGACGCAGGCGAGGACAGCAGCACCGCACUUGUCCUGCUGAGCAAUCAUUUUAUUUCCUCUCCUAGCCUUUUCAGUCACUUGAUCCCACAGUAACUCUACUCCAGGGAAAGAAUGUGACCAUAUUUUGAAGGUGACCCAAGAGCUCAUUAUACUUUUUAUAAGAAAAAAAAUGAUAUCAAUUUGGUUGUCAGCUUCCAUUGGUGUCUUUCAAAAGUAUAGUAGCAAGGUUUUCUUUGUUAACACUCAGCAUUGAGGAAAUCAUAAAAGUGGAGUAGUUGCCCGAUGUGCUUUAGAUAUUGAUUCUUUGUGAAUACUCCUUUUUAUUGAUAAAGGGAAGUGCUGAGCACAAAACUGGUUAAUGUGCUUAGUUAUUCAAAAUGUGAACGUGGAAAGAAUUUGAUAUAACCUUCAGUGUCUUCACUGUCAAAUCCUAUAGUUUGCUGACUGAUUGUGAAAUGCUUCUUCCUUAUCUGUUGUAUUUUGAAUACUGCCACAUUCAAGUAACUCCAGGUAUUUCUAAAGCUUCUGAAAUCAAAGCACUGAGGUGACUGGAUUAGCUGCGGAGUAUACUUAGCCAAAGAAUACGAGCUAAUUGGGUGCUUGAUGUGGGGAGCUGGCUGCUCCUAUUCUUGAUGAUGUUUUGGUUUUCAUGUCACUUGGCUCUCAGUAUGGAGGGAUCUCAGUGUGUGUUCAGAAGCACCUUUCGAAACAGUUGCAGCUUACAGGCAUACAAUUAAGAAGAAAUCCUAUGUUCAUAGGAAAGGAAGACGACUGUGAAAAGACACAUCUGUUCAAGGAAUAAUAUUGCUAAAUGCAUAAUACUGCAGGCACAUGAGAAAGAAAAAUGUAGUCAUUACUUAGCUUGCUGACUUAAUAAAUGGUUAACAGAGAAAUGCACUCCAUUCUUGGGCUUUAGUUAAUAGACUGCCUUUCUGGAGUAAGGAAAGAGAACGACUUCAUGACUGCACCUGGAUUUCACAGAAAGUCAUGCUUGUGCUGGAAAGAGAUAAAAGAGGGAAUGCUGUCACUAUUUGUACAGACGCAUUAAACUCAACCUUUUUCUUUUGGCAAUGAAUAUUGCAUUUUGAAAGUGUAUUUCAUAUGGCUCAAAGCAUAUACUGAAUAUGCAUUUUGAGGGCCAUUCAUUAAAAACAGAGGAAGAUUAAAGGAAUGUGGGCUCAGCUACCGGAACGCACAUUCAGGUAUUGACACCUGAGAUUAUUGGGGAGACGGAGGCCCAGAGGCUGGACUGGAGUGUAUUUCUCAUAUGCUAGGGGGAGUCCCCUGUCUAGAUGGCGUCCCUGAGAUUCUGGUACAAAUGGUGAAAAAGAGAAGAUGAAUUCAGGAAGUGGUCUAAAAAAAUUAAAGCUGCUAAAUUAAGCCACUAUGAAGAUUCUAAAUACUAAAUUAUGGCAUUAUGAUCUACUACUGAAGUAUCCAAAUGCUCUUGAUUUUCUCAUUCCACAAAAGAAUUAUUUUCAGUACUCUGUAAGAUAUAUUUGAGAAACACAAAAUACCCAGCUAGUGUGCAAUGAAGUACCAGUACCCUUGAGGUAAUGUCUUAGUUGUAACUAAUCCAAGAAUACCAAAAUGCAACCCCUUCCUAUAUUUCAAGAAAACAAAAUAAAAUUAAGAGGAACAUGAAAGUUAUUGUAAACAAUAAUGGGAACAGUCUUGACCUUGUUGAGAAGAGAACUUUCUACAAGUGUUUCUUUUAAGUUUCCUGUCUAGUUACAUGUUGAAUCCAAAGCAUUACUGAUUUUUUUUUAAAAAGAACAGCACAGUAAUAAAAAGAGGAUGGAGGGAGGGCUCAUAAUGAAUUUGUAAGAGCUUGGGCAUCAUUAGGCAAGCAUAACCGAAAGCCAUUAACAUGAACCUUGCUAUGCAGAUUUUUUUAGUAGUGCCAUAGGAAUCUGCUUGCAAGGAGAGAGCUGAUUUCCUAUAUGCCUCUAGACUCACUCCUUAUUUCAGCACAGGACAGAAAAUAAAAGGCAAACUGGAGUACCAUCAGGGUAUUUCUUGAAACUCUUUUUUUUUUUUUUUUUUUUUUUGGAGAUGGAGUCUCACUCUGUCACCCAGCCUGGAGUGCAGUGGCAUGAUCUCGGCUCAACACAAUCUCCAUCUCCCAGGUUCAAGCGAUUAUCCUGCCCCAGCCUUCUGAGUAGCUGGGAUUACAGGCACCCACCACCAUGCCUGGCUAAUUUUUGUAUUUUUAGUAGACACGGAGUUUUGCCAUGUUGGCCAGACUGGUCUUGAACUCCUGACCUCAGGUGAUCCGUCUGCCUCAGCCUCCCAAAGUGCUGGGAUUAUAGGCAUGAACCACCGUGCCCGGUGAAACUCUUAAGAGAAACAUAGAUUAUGAAAACUAUAAGGCGAUACAAGCUUUGAGGGUGUGAGCUGUAGCUGCUGACGGGACAUCACUUACUCACCCAUGUUCUUUGGUCUUGAGUGACUUGGGUUCCUCAGAAGUCAGUGUGCCCGGACAUGGCACUGUGGGGAAGUCUCUGUUAUCUUCCCGUCUCCUAAAGAUCAUGCCCACCACCCUAUGUAUGCCCGGGGGUGGUGGCUCAAAUGAUAUUUGUUGUGGCAGAUUAAUCAAGAAGAUUAAGAAGAGGCUCUGUGGGGUGGUGGGAAAGCUCUGAGCUGAGAGCAGGCACAUGGAUCACAUGGCGCUUACUGUGCAUAUGUGUCCUGAGCCUGAGCAGGUGACAUCGGGACAGGAUGAUGGGACGGGGGCAAAGGAGUGAGGCUCAGCUAAACACGAUGCAAUCCUGUGACAGCCCUGCCUGAAGAGAUGUGUAGACAAGUGCAAAGGCGUUUAGGUGAAAUUAUGGGAUGGCAGAGAUGUGGCAUUACUGCAAUGGUGUGGGGAAUGCACAGUCCAGCAUGACAGUUACAGACAUGAUGCUUCCUUUGUUUUGCUUUGUCUUGAAGGGAAAUUUGUGAAUCCCACAGUCUCAGAGCAGGCUGCUUUAUAACACCUUUGUGACAUCUGCCCUUUUCAUUUUUCUUUUUUCUUUACCAAAAUCUAAGAGGAUAGGCAAGCACAUGGAAGGAGUCAUGAUACCUGGAGACACUGUGUGUCCUGGCUUCGAAAAGCGUUCCCAAGCCUCUCCGUUACCACAUUAUGGGCCAGGAUCCUUCCUGAGGUUUCAGAAAGGACCCUGGGCUGGCAGUGGUUCUCAAUGUUGGCUGUUCAUCAGAAUACCUCCUGGUAUUUCAAAAAAAAGAUUUGAAAGAUUUUAAUAUAGUUGGUCUGGGGUAGACCUGGGCUUCUUACUUUGCUUAAAGCAAAGUAGGUAAUUCUGUGGCUCACUCUGGGUUGUGAAAUGCUGAUGCCGGCUAUUACCUAAACAGUCAGAUAUAGGACCAUGAAGCCAAUGGGGCUGUGAGCCUGGCCAUUGAAAGAGGCCAGUGAAAGAAGCGGGUCUCUGGCCCUGGUCAGCAGACAGGGGCCCUGCUGGUGCCUGGUGAUUAGACUCAUCUGUGCAUUUGUUAAAAGGGUAGAGCCCAAGCUCCUUUGGCAUGCUUUCAGAUUAGUGAGCCAGGGUAGGGCCUGGCAUGUGUGGGCCUAACAAACACUCUAGGUGUCUCCUAUCAUAACACAAACAGGAGAAUACUUGGUCUCGCAGAACGUGUGCCCACUGGAAAAUGAAAGCUCUGGUCUCCAGAUUCAGCUGCUCCUGGCUCUCUCUGCCACUGGAGACUGCACGCCUUGAUGGCUGUUAUCUUUGCACCCAGCAUAGGGGAGAUAAGAAUAAUGUAUCAAAUGGACAAAUGAGAAAGUGAAAGAGCAUGCAAGAUCACCCACCUCUCCACCCCACCUCUCUGGGCCUCAGAGAGGGUGGGGUGAUCUUGCUUUACACUCCUUUCAGCUUUGAAAUUCUAUGACUGCAUUUUUUUUUUUACUUUGUCUCUCUCUGAUUUAAUGCCUUGGUAAAUAGAUAUUGGGCUUAUGAUUACUGUGAUUACUCAAGAAAAGCAAAAAUCACUGUGGAGAUGGGUCGAGAUCAGUAUGAGUGCUUUGAUAUCCCUUCCAGCACACCAGAAAAGGUAAUUUUAAUUCUGGUUGAUGUUCAAAAAUAUAAAAAGAGAGGGCAGUAUUGUGGGUGAAUCUAGGGGUUUAUAGACCUCCAAACUGCCUGGAUUCCAUCUCUAAUUUUUUAUUGGAUUGGAAGCUCAGAGGGAAAAGCCUCUGUUUCGCUUUUUAAAUUGACUGAUUAACAACUUCUCUGAUUCAUGUUUCUGGACGAGAUGAAAUUCCUAGUUAUGCUUUCCCUUAAAAACAAGCAAACAAACAAAAGCACUUCUGGGUUUGAUUUAAUUAAAUGAUUUGGGCACUUAGAGCUGAAAUCUUUCCUCUUUUUUGAAAAAGCAUAGUGUAUUCCAAAGUGUGAGUUGAGGAAAUACAAUAAUAAAAUUCAUACCUCUUACAUAGCCCUUCCUUAUCUACCUGCACAUGUGAGUCAAAUUUGAUUUUUGUUAUAAAUUUUCAAAAGUAACUUCUGCAAAUCAACACAUAUGAAGCUGCAAAAUAACUCUUUGGUAUCUUUGAUUCUUAAUAAUGUUGUUCCUCUCUCCACCUCCACUGUUUUAGUCAAAGCUACAAAUUGAUGUUAUUUACACUGUGGAAAUCAGAAAUUAAGGACUUAAUUUGGUUUUCAUUAACCUUAGUUAUGAAAGGGUAGGUUACAAUUGCGCAUGAUAACAAUUCUUAAAUAAUAUUGCUGUCAUAUUGUUGCCAUAUACUUUGAGAAUUCAAAGUCUAGUUCUGGUAUUAUCCUCUUCAGCCACAAUAUAUGAGAAAGUUAAGGAUUUCCUUUCUGGAAGUCACAGGAAUAGUAUAAACAAAGAAUUUAUCCAAGAAAGAUAAAAGUCUUCCGUAUGUUUAAUGUUUAUGCUCUCUUGUUUUCAUAAACUUCUACUAUAAAUGAUUUAAAUAAUUUGUUUGAUUUUCCAGAAAUAUAUAUGACAUGUUUUCUACAGAAAUCUUUUUUUUUCUUUCUUUUUUUUUUUUGAGACGGAGUCUUGUUCUGUCGCCCAGGCUGGAGUGCAGUGGCGCCAUCUCGGCUCACUGCAAGCUCCGCCUCCCGGGUUCACGCCAUUCUCCUGCCUCAGCCUCCCGAGUAGCUGGGACUACAGGCGCCCACCAUGAUACCCGGCUAAUUUUUUGUAUUUUUUUAGUAGAGACAGGGUUUCACCAUGUUAGCAGGUAUGAUCUCGAUCUCCUGACCCUGUGAUCCGCCUGCCUCGGCCUCCCAAAGUGCUGGGAUUACAGGCGUGAGCCACCGCGCCUGGCCCAGAAAUUUUUUAUUGUUCAUUUGACUAUAUAAUAUGUUGAUUAUAGAAAACUGAGUUUGCUCAGUUUGUGAAUGAACUUAUCAUGCUCUUGUUGAUUAAUUUGCCACAACAAAUGUCACUUGAGCCAGCUUUCUUCUACAGCUGGAGAAGGAAACUAGCUCCAUUUCUGAUAGUCAGAUUGAGCCUGGCCAACAUGGUGAAACCCCAUCUCUGCAAAAAACACAAAAAUUAGCUGGGCAUGGUGGGAGGCACCUGUAAUCCCAGCUACUUGGGAAGCUGAGGCACGAGAAUUGCUUUAGCCUGGGAGGCAGAGGUUGCAGUGAGCCGAGAUUGUGCCACUACACUCCAGUCUGGGUGACAGGGUGAGACCCGUCUUAAAAAAAAAAAGAAUAAGCAGAUUUAUCUUUAUAUCAGGUGAUCUUGGUUCCUUAACAGUCAUCACCUAUUGUGCAAAGGCUGAGGAUGAAUUUGACAAAAUCACACAGUAUGUGUGCAUCAAAAUGUUGGCCCAGCAGGUCUGAACGCUCAGCGGUUGCUCAGAUCCUGCACAUUCUAAAGAAAGGCUUGGGUUUUGAAUGGUUCCUGGGAGAUAACCUCUAAGCCCUUGGAACAUCCUGCCUGAUAAAAGGGUGCACUUUCCUGGGGCCUUGAGCCACAUCAGAUAGUCUGUCCUAUCAGUGUCAUUUAUGGUGUGGGCCUUGGGCAACAUGUUAACCAUCUGACCUCUGGAGAAGCUGGAGUCUGAAGUACAGAGGUCAGCCACAUGGGCACUCCAUGAUGAGUGACUCCCAAUAAAACCCCUGGACAGCAAGGCUCAGGGGGGCUUCCCUGGUGGGUGGCACUUUAUACGUGCUGUCAUACAUCCUUGCUGUAAGAAUUAAGCACCAUCUCUACAACUCCAUUAGAAGAGGACGGCUGAAACUUGUGCCUGGGCUUUCCUUGAUUCUGCCAUAUGCUCCUUUUAUUUUGCUGAUUUUGAUUUAUAUCAUUUUGUAGUAAUAAACCAUACCCCUGAAUAAACAGAUUUCCUGAGAUCCGUGAGUCCUUCUAGCAAAUUGUCAUACUGGAUGAUGGUCUUGGGAACUCCCCAAAACCAUGAAUUAAAGAAUAAACUUUAUUAAGAAAGCAGAAACUUACAAGCCAAGAGUCACCAAGGAGGAGAAGCCACAGGUUCCCAGAUUUCCUCUUGAUGCAGAGAGGGUCAAAGGAAGCCAGGGACAAGGUAUUUGGCUGGCCAUGCAUGGGAGGUGUGUCUGUCUAGAGGAGAACUCACUUCUCUGGUAGUUCUCCCUUUUUAUACAGAAAUCAUGAGCACACUAAUUAGAUCCCUGUAUUAGUCCAUUUUCACGCUGCUGAUAAAGAUGUACCUGAGACUGGGCAACUUACAAAAGAAAGAGGUUUAUUGGACUUACAGUUCCAUGUGGCUGGGGAAGCCUCACAAUCAUGGUGGAAGGUCAAAGGCACAUCUCACAUGGCAGCAGACAAGAGAAGGGCUUGUGCAGGGAAACUCUCAUCUUUAUAUAACCAUCAGAUCUUGUGAGACUUACUCACUAUCAUGAGAACAGCAUGGGAAAUACCUGCCCCAAUGAUUCAAUUACCUCCCACCAGGUCCCUCCCACAAUAUGUGGGAAUUCAAGAUGAUAUUUGGAAGGGGACACAGCCAAACUGUAUCAAUCCCUUUGGUGGCUUCUUGGCUGGUUUUUGUGUUAGGAAUUGCCAAAGAAAGCCAGCUACUCUGCACUGAGAGAUCUUGGGCAUCAUUAGUCCCAGAGAAGACAAUCUGGAGUUUCAUUUACUCUUCUGGAAAAAACAGUGAAACUCUGGUCCCACAAGCUCAUUAUAUAGGCAGCCCAGAGUGAACUCCCACAUUAUUUUUGUGCACUGUAAACAACGCUUUGACUACAUGUUAGACAUAUCACAGUUUCCUUCUGAAUGAUACAGUGCUACUCUAUUAGGAGGUCAUUUAUAAGUCAGUCUCAGUUAUUCUAAGCCUGUCUGAGAUACCAGAGUUAAUGUCAAAUAUUUUAUUCAUGUAUUAAUAGGUGAGACCUUCAAGUCAUAAGAUAAUGAAUGAAUGAAUACAUACAUACAUACAUAUUAUGCCAAUUAAUAAUAAGCAUAUGGAGAAAAAUAAGACAGGGAGGGAGAAUAGGGCUGGAGGGGGAUUUGCUAUAGGAUGGUCAGGAAGGUUGCUGAGAAUAUCAUGUUUAAACAGAGACUUGGUCGGGCAUGGUGGCUCACGCCUGUAAUCCCAGCACUUUGGGAGGCCGAGGAGUGUGGAUCAUCUGAGGUUGGGAGUUUGAGACCAGCCCAACCAACAUGGAGAAACCCAUCUCUACUAAAAAUACAAAAUUAGCCAGGCAUGGUGGUGCAUGCCUAUAAUCCCAGCUACUCAGGAAGGUUGAGGCAGGAGAAUUGCUUGAUCCUGGGAGGCAGAUGUUGUGGUGAACCGAGAUGGCACCACUGCACUCCAGCCUGGGCAACAAGAGAGAAAUUCGGUCUCAAAAAAAAAAAAAAAAAAAAAAAAAAGCAGAGACUUGUAGGCAGUGAAGGAGACAGUCAUGCAGAUAUUUCAGGGGAAGAUAUUUUAGACAGAAAAGAAAGCCAUGGAAAGUUAGAAGUGUGCCUGACAUGUUCAUGGAAAAACAAGAAGGCCAGCGUGGCUGAAUGGAGUGAGUGCAAGGAGAGUAACGAAGUCACCUGGAUGGUGGGAUUGGCUAAUGGAAGGCUUUAGGCCAUUGGAAGAGCUUUGGCUUUUGCUCUGAGUGAAGUGAGAAAGCCAUCUAGGGUUCAGGGAAGAGAUCUGGAUUGGAGAUAAAAUUUGGGAAUCACUAGCAAAACAAACAGGAAGAAGUUAGGAAAAAAUCGACUCUACUGUGAAGGGUUUCAAUCAAAACUGGUGAUUCUUUUUCUUGAAGUUGUGAUACUCAAAGUGCUAUGCUCAGCCAUCUCAAAAAUUCCCAUAUGCAGUAAUGCUUACUUUUUCCAGAUGCUAGAUAAAGGGGCUAUUACUAUUCUAUAUUUCACAUCUGUAUUUGUGAAAACCCUUGAAAUUAUUGGUUGAUGAAAAGAAGUUUUCUCUAAUCACACAGAAAUUCCAGCGAGCAGGGCCAAGUGUUCCAAGUGGACACUUACGCACUUCUGCCUUUUGCUCUCCUAACUGGCAGCAAUUUAACAGGCAGCCUACCCUCUGCCUGCUCUCCUAACUGGCAGCAAUUUUAGUCAGUCAUCAAGUACAGAUCCGUAACAGUAUGGGACAAGACUCACCGAAAUAUAAUGGGACAAGACUCACCGAAAUAUAAUUGGACAAGUCUCAAUUCAUCUCCUUUCCCCUCUUUUUCCUUCUCCACGUGUUUUAAUUUGUUUCUAUCUUGGGGCACAUCAUUACGUUUUCAAGCUGCAUGUUUAAAACUGGAGCAAAGGAUAGCAAAACCAACAUUCGUGUUAGAUUACCUCUUAGCACUGUGGAAAGGAAAAUUUUCCUUGAGUCUGUCAUUUAAUGAAUACAUUUCAGAGUGUGAAAUUUGAUCAACAGAAUUUCAGAGUUAGCCCUGCACAUUCUCCUACCUACACACUACUGAUACUUGCUCCAACGCAGGGUGUCUUGCUGUCAGGCAGCCUAAAAGGCUUCUCUAUAUGUUGUGUGUGUAUUCUAUUGGACUUCUUGUCUGAAUUACUAAGAUCUCUCUAAGUUAAGCAGAGGGCAAUAGCCUUCUUUUGGAACUCUAGCUAAAAAUCGUCUUUUAUUUUGGCCUCAUCUUGCAUUCUCUCCACAGGCACGGAAACGCCAUAAAGUUACGCAUACUGAGGAAUGAUGGCCCUGUAGAUUCUUACUCUUGGUAAGGGGCAGAGAAACCAUCCUAUAACCUGUGACUUGUUUUCUCACAAGUCACCAGGAGAUGGGGAAUUCCUUCCUGAGAUCAAUGGUAGGGUGUGAUAUUCAUUGUUUCCGUUACACAAAAUGAUAAAUAAUUUUGAAAACCAAAGAAAAAGUUCCACUGGCAUGUAUGUGUGCUUACUUUUUUCACAUAUUGAUCAAAUAAUCUGGUUGCUGUUUACAUCUUGCUAAUGCGUACGAGGUCUUUUGAACAAAUCUUGCACUCGUAAUUUAAACUGCAGAGACAGCCACAGAAUUUUACCUUCUCACUGGGAAACUAUUUUCUCCAUAUGUGUUUUGAUGAUGACAGGCCUUUUUCCAUCUUGCGGCUGUUCUUCCUUGGGGGAAUAGAAAUGUAAGGAAUAAUUUCUGAUUUGAUAUUUGCCGUUCUACUCACGUACCACUGCAGUUUAAAAACUACCUACAAACGUGCCAACAAUUUACUUUUAAAACUACACUUUGGGAAAACAAGAGGCAAAAAGGAAGAAAAGGAAGACUCUUAAAAUAAUACAUUUGAUAAUAUAUGUGAAAUAUUUGGAAGGAUGUGAUUCACUAAUUCUCCUGGGUGCAUAACAUUGCAUAAAGUUACAUAUAUGGGGCUUGGUUAAGGCCAUUUCUAAGCUAAAAUUUUAUAAUUCUGCAGAUAGGAAGUACCAUUGUAAGCAAAAAUGUAUUCUUCUAUAUCUCACAUAAUUCAAAAUUGUCAUAGUUCAUCACUAUUCUAGAAAACAAUGAUGGGUGUUUCUGUUUACUAGUUAAAAUGACACAGCCAUAAGAAAGUAGCAUAAACACAAUUCAGAAUUCACAGGGUUUAUCAGCUUUGAAACUAUAAUUUUUAAUAUUUUUAAACUUAGAGGAUUGACAUUAUUCUGAAUUUUUUGCAAAAUCGAGACUUAGUUAAUAUCACACUACUUGAAGUCUUUAAAACUCAAAAUUUUAUGUAAUGUAAUGAUACUGUAUAAUGCAGAAAAGUGUUAGUUUGAUACCAAAGGAAAUAAAAAAUUGCACAUUGGGGCUGGGCGUAGUGGCUCAUUCCUGUAAUCUCAGCACUUUGGGAGGCCGAGGAUGGUGGAUAAUGAGGUCAGGAGUUCGAGACCAUCCUGGCCAACAUGGUGAAACCCUGUCUCUACUAAAAAUACAAAAAUUAGCCGGGCAUGGUGGUGCACGUCUGUAGUCCCAGCUACUUGGGAGGCUGAGGCAGGAGAAUUGCUUGAACCUGGGAGGCGGAGGUUGCAGUGAGCCAAGAUCACGCCACUGCACUUCAGCCUGGGUGACAGAGCGAGACUAUCUCAAAAAAAAAAAAAAAAAAAAAAUUGCACAUCAUGCACAAUUCCAUAGGUCAAAGGAUGGCCAAACAUUUAUAUUUCUUUCUUCUCUUAAUAUUACCAGGCUAAUACCCAUCCAAUAGUUGCAGACUCUAGACCUAGAACAAACAAAUCUUAAAAUUUGUCUUUUUUGUUAUACAUAUCUUUUUAAAACAUUUGUGCUCACUUUCAGAAACAAGAGGCUCACCUGGUGCCAAUAACCAGCCCAUUGAUUUCUUCAUCUUUCCCCCUCAAACAUGAUCCUUCUCCCUUGUUCUCCAUCUCAGUGAAAAGCACUUACAUCUAGCCUGAACCGUGAGACUCAUUCCAGCCAUCUGCCUCACUCAAUCUGCUCAGCUUACCUAUCACCCAAUCCUGAGGCUCUACCCCCAAAAUCCUCUUCUCCGUCUCUUCUGCUGCUCCUUGGCCAAGCCACUACCAUGCCUCCUCAAUCUGGUCUCCCUACUUUCUUCCCUGGGCCUCCCUUUUAAAUCUAUCCCCCACACAGGAGCUGAGAGGUAUUUAAAAAUGCACAUUGGAUCAUGUUCCACCAGUGCUUAAAGUCUUUUAAUAUGUGCUUGCAAUACAAGAAAAAUCCUUACAUUUGAUCUACCAGCCCUUGCAGACCCUGGCUCCAUCCAACUACUUCUUCAUUUGCUGCGCAACAUUUUGUUCUCUCAGGAAUGUACACACACACUGGCCUUCUAGCUCCUGAGGCCAUGGGCCACUGGCCUAGCUCAGGACCUUCAAACACACGGUUCCCUCUCCAUGCAAUGAUCUGCCUGGCCAAAGCCCACUCACCCUUCAGGUUUUAGCUGAAAUAGACCUUCUCAGAAAACCUUUUACUUUUCCUUCAUAGUACUUAACCACAAUUGAAAUGACACAUAUAUGUGUGUCUAUAUGUAUGUGUGUACCAUCAACUGUAAUUGAAUUCAUUAUAUAAAUGUGUGUACAAACACACACACAGAUAGAUGUGUACCUUGUGUAAUGUGUAUCUCAUGACAACAGGCAACAUACCUACCCUAUCUCACUGCUGCAUUACCCAGCAUAUAAUCUUCCUAGCAUACAUUAGGCACUUAAUACAUUCUAUUGAAUAUAUUCAUAUCUAAUUAUUAAGAAUCAUUAAUUUCUAAUUUGUUCCUUAGUUGAAAUUCAUUUUAUCAAUCGAAUGCCAGGUGUGUACACCUGAUUAAGGAGUGCCUUUAGUGCAAAGUUAUGUUACAUUAAAAAGUACUGUACUGAGAACCAAAGAAUAAACAUAUGAAGCACUCAUCACCUAACUUUAACACUAAGGGUGCAUGCAUAAUUAAACCUCCAGUCAUGAGUUCAAUAAAUAAGUGAUUAGCUUGAGGACAGCACGGCCACCAUUGGCAGUAUCAUCUCAUUACUGUGUGGUAGAGGACAUCAUCAUCUAGUUGCAGUUUAGCUACAUGUAUGUCUGAGUUAGUGGUUUGUGGAAGAAAUAAUAACAAUAAUGAUUAAAUAAUGACAAUUAUGUAAGUAUAAGUAAAAUUUGUUGAGUACUUACCAUGAGUCAGGUCCAUUUAAAUCUUACUAGAUCUCCAUUACGUACUCUUUUUUUUUUUUUGAGACUGAGUCUUGCUCUGUCGCCCAGGCUGGAGUGCAGUAGCAUGAUCUUGGCUCACUGCAAGCUCCGCCUCCCGGGUUCAUGCCAUUCUCCUGCCUCAGCCUCCGGAGUAGCUGGGACUACAG